GGGCCGGGGCCGGCGGUCGGCGGCGCCGCCCGUUCAGGUGUCGCGGCGGCUCCACGUCGCCGGGCGGCCCGCGGGGCCGGAGCGGACGGAGCGCGGCGCGGGGCCUGCGGGAGGCCGGGCCGGCCCCAGCGUGCGGAGCGCCGGGCCCCGCGGGGCCAUGGCGGGGCCGGGCCCGGGCGGCGGGGACGCGGACGAGCAGUACGACUUCCUGUUCAAGCUCGUGCUGGUGGGCGACGCGAGCGUGGGCAAGACGAGCGUGGUGCAGCGCUUCAAGACCGGCGCCUUCCCCGAGCGCCAGGGCAGCACCAUCGGCGUGGACUUCACGGUGAAGACGCUGGAGAUCCAGGGCAAGCGGGUCAAGCUGCAGAUCUGGGACACGGCGGGCCAGGAGCGGUUCCGCACCAUCACGCAGAGCUACUACCGCAGCGCCAACGGGGCCAUCCUCGCCUACGACAUCACCAAGAGGAGCUCGUUCCUGUCGGUGCCGCACUGGAUCCAGGACGUGAGGAAGUACGCGGGCGCCAGCAUCGUGCAGCUGCUCAUCGGGAACAAGUCGGACCUGGGCGAGCUCCGGGAGGUCUCCCUGGCGGAGGCGCGGAGCCUGGCGGAGCACUACGACAUCCUGUGCGCCAUCGAGACGUCGGCCAAGGACGCGAGCAACGUGGAGGAGGCCUUCGUGCGCGUGGCCGCGGAGCUCAUUGUCAGGCACGGGGGCCCGAUGAUCAGCGAGAAGGGCACGGACCACAUCCAGCUGGACAGCAAGGACGUCGCGGAGGGCUGGGGCUGCGGGUGCUGACGCGGGCAGGGCAGGGCGGGCGGCCCGGGGGUCCCCACGUCCUUACUGUCCCCAGCCCGGGAUCCUGCAGCCGCGCGUGCAGCGCUGCAGAGUUGCAUCCUCCGCCCGGGUUUUUGCAGGGAAGGGAGAUCCGGGCGCCGUCCGCGGGGGGCCUGGUGGCGCGGGGCAGGGUGUGGGGCCACCCGGCCACCCAGCACCCGGUCCCUCCUCCACGACCUUCACAUUCCAGGGCCCCGGUGGGCGGGGAGGCGACCGGGCAGGUGCCUGUCCCCAGCCGUUUGCUGCCUUGAGUUUGCUGCUGCUUUGGAGGGGUGUGGCCCGUGCCCCCCCUGCCCCCGCCCCGGAUUCUUCCAGAUCAUUCCGGGGCCUGGCACCUAGCAGCGGAGCCCCCCUCCCAGGACAGCCCCCCCCCCCCGGGCUUCCUUCCUUCACUGCCGGCUCCUCUGGGGGGGCCCCUCCCCCCGGGUCGCGCUGCCUUAUCACGACCCCUCCGGAUCUCUGGGCCCCCGCGUAGCUUGUCAUUUCCCUCGGGGCACCCGAGUGGGGUCAGGGCCCCAGCUAGGCAGGGACGGUGUGGCGGCUCGGGUGGGGCGCGGGGUUCUGCCACCCGGGUUGCAAAAGGAGCUGAGACUUUUGGGUGCACGGGGCGGGGGGGGGUGUCCCCACGAGGUCCCCGUGUAGCUUGCGGAGCCUCCAAACAAGCAAGGCACGACCUCGCGGGUCCCCGGCGUGGCCGUUGUCACCCCACCCUGGGCCUGGGCCUGGCGCCGAGGUGAGAAGAAAGAAGGUGGGGACUGCGGGCAACAGCAGCGUCCCUGGGGCCUGUGGCAUCUCAGGGGCUGCGGGGACAGGGGACAGGGGACAGGGAGCCAGGCGACCUUCCCACGCCAAUCCCAGUCCUCCCCUGUCAGCUCAGCUCAGCCUCUGGGCCCUGGGUGUGGCCCCCGAUCCUUUAGAAAUAAACGUGGCCAGGCCACCCCGUGUCACAGUCCGGGUGACCCCGAGCCUCGCGAUCUUUCCGCGGAAGUUUCUGGGCUCACAGGGUCCGGAGGGGCAGAGAGGUUUCACAAAGCCCGACCUCGCAGAGCCCCUGCCGUUUUGGGGGCGUGCACGGGGGUCCCGGGCCUCCUGCCACCUGAGCACAGCUGUUGUCGCCUGCUGGCCACUGGAGAAGCCUGGCUGUCCCCCCCCCCCCCCCGCCGUGUCCUGGCUGGUCCUUCCCCAGGGCGCAGGGAGAGACCAGAACAGAAACCUCCCACCCUCCCUCCACCCCGGCUCCUUCUCAGGGUCACCCUGAGCUGCCCCGAGGAUGCAGGGGACAGCUAGGUGACUGGUGACAGGCUCGUUUGUCACCUGGAACCGAGCAACCUCCAUUGGCACCCCCAGGCGGGAGCCCCGAAGCCCUGCAGAGGCUUGGUUGGAAGCGCGGAGGCGGCCGCUGGCCCCAGCCUGGGCCCCGGGGGACGUCCCUGUCGCUGGUGGGCCUCGCUGGUGGCCUCGGGGCUCCGCCGGCCACCGAGGAAGCUCUGCCUCGACUUCCUCCCUUUGCACGAACCCGAGACGGCAGACGGGCCGGGCGGAGCGGACCCGCCAGCCCACCCUCCACGGCCAAGGGCGAGCCCUGCAGAUGGGGGUCCCCAAAGCCCGUGUCCCGGGGCUCAGCCGGAGUGUCACGCGGAAUGGACGCAAAUCCUGACUCUGAUUCAUAUUGAAUUCGGUUCCGGGUCCCAGGCUGGGGACCCUCUGCCGCCUGCAGGGCCCGGGCAUGCGGGGGGCUGGGGGCUGGGGGGUGGGACGAGGGUGGCAUUUGCAUUUGGUCCUUUUUCACGUUUACCUAUUUAUGAAUUGAGAAAUCUUUCUAUCAGAGCUAUUUUUGGAAACACGGCCAAGUCGCCUUUCUGGAAACUUCCCGCGGAGCCAGAGCGUAUACACCUCCCCGAACCAUUAAACCGGUUUGUCACGA